AUGACACUUCGACGACGAUCAGGUGUAGAGGUGAAGCGGGAGUACGCCGAGGAGUGCCAGCAGUUGUGGCAACCUCGCGUCGAGACGCGACAAACGCCCGCCGAAGUGAUUUAUAGAAUCUUGGGCUUUCUUUUUGCCCAAGCUGUGGAGGAGGAUGGGUGAGUGAUACCGUGAGACGAUGUAGUCGAACAUGUGAAUUAACGGUGGUCUGUGACCGCGCGCAGGCCCGAUUACUCAGAUCGUCUCCUCUGUCUCACCGUGUCGCGUCAAUGGUUCCGCAUGGUCCGUUGACAUGAAGAAGCAAACAGGCCGUCCCUCUUUCGGAACUCUGCAUAACUAACCACGAUUUCGAGUCUCUUAAGACCAUUUCACUCCUGUACAGAGAUGUCUACUUGACGUCAUAUCUGCAAGUAGACGCGUUCGUCAAUGCAUACACAAGUCUAGGAACCGCGCUCGCCCCCGUGGUGCACAGUCUCCGACUAACGGCAAUGAGCCGGUUUGCGCCCGCUCUGAAGCGGAUCCUCUGCCAAUGCCCCUCGAUCCGGAAGCUUGAGCUUCCAGAAAUCUGCUCCAGUGAAGUUUGGCGGGUCCUUUACGAUGCGCUCCACUCUCGGCCUCCUCGCCAGUUCUAUCUCCACCACUUCGACGGCCCCUGCAUCGGCGGACCGCAAGGUCUCGCGAUUCAAAGUGCCCUCGGCUCCGAGUUGCAGAGCUUGACGCUCUCGAGGAUCGACUUGGUCAAGCGUGAAUCCAUCGAGCAGCUGCACUCGAUUUGGCGCAUGAACACCCAAGCGGUGAGUCAGCUGGACUAUGAGCUGAGUGUGACCUGUGCUGAUCUUUUCGAUAACACCGGGACAGCCUUCGGUUAGGACCCAUCUAGUCACAGGGGGCCUGCGCGAAUUGACGCUUCGGUCGGGCAAAGUCUCGGUCUUGUUCUUCGGGAUGCUUCAGGGCGGCUGCCCGAACCUCAGAAAGUAAGUAAGCCCGAUGAAAACAAUGUUAUUUCAACGACUGAAGUUUAGCUGUGAGCAUCAUCCAGGCUUGCAGUGGGCCCCGGGGUGGCAAUUGUCCCCAGUGGCGACGGAAACAAAGACAGUUUUAGCCUGCCUCAAUUCGUCGAAAGCCUCAACGAUGGCUUGCUCGAACUCGAGUGGUUGGUCGACUCGCCCGUAUUUGAGGGAUCGUUUGAUACUCUUCUUGGACAUCUGACGAACUUGAGAAGGCUGACAAUGCACCUUCGGUAUUUUACGUCAGUAGCUCGAUGUUUAGGCAUUAGUAUCCGUGUCCGCCUCGCAUGUGCCAGUACUUACCUAAUAUCAAGCUUAUACACAGGACCAACAUUUCACGCGGCUUGAGUGCAAGUACUCUCGAUCAUCUUGCGCUGCACCCCGAUCCACAAUGCUUGGGUGGCAUCAAGGCCCCUGCGCUAAUCGCCAAAUCGAACGCAGUCGUACAACUGAUGGGUAAGAUUGCCAACAAAGGCUGGGCGCAAUCAGUUGACUGGGAUUAUGAGGAAGGACCCGAUGCUACUGUGAAGUACGAGGUGGUGAAAAGGAUGUUGGCGAAUGCCGAAGCGGCCGGAGUCAGCGGGCAGGAGCUUGACUUACCGGUUUUCUAA